AUGGCGUCAAGAAAAACGUUGAACCGUCGACCACGUCCCCAGCGCGCCACUAGCAAUGUUUUUGCUAUGUUUGAUCAAGCACAAAUUCAGGAAUUCAAAGAGGCUUUCAAUAUGAUCGACCAAAAUCGUGACGGUUUCAUCGAUGUGCAAGAUUUGCAAGAUAUGUUCGCCUCACUUGGUAAGGAAGUGAAAGAAGAUUUUCUCGAAAAGAUGGUGGAUGAACUGUUCCGUGAUGCACCCAUCAAAAAUGGACGAUUCGAUUACAUCGAAUUCACUCGAAUGCUGAAACACGGUACUAAAGAUAAAGACGAUGCCAACUGA